GCGAGGCGACGCAAAUCCCCACUGGCUAACGGACAUGUUGUCGCAACUUGCACAUGUUCCGUAUUCUGCCUUGGACACAUUCGACGGUGACUUAAUUCUGUCCGAGUUUCUCUACGAGAUGGACGAACUAGACCGUGUGCAAGCUUCAUCGUCUCCAUGCACCGACUCCAAGCGGCGACGAGAACCCGAAAUUAACACGGAACCCGAAGCCAAGAAGAUCAAAUUAACAAAAUCGAGCAUUUCAACCAAUCCACUACCGAGAAAAAGAAAAAAAUCAUCAUGGCUACGACGAAAACAAGAAUUGCUCGCACUUCGCGACGAAUCGGAGACUUUGGGCGCAAAACUGGCUCAUCUUGAGGCACAAGUUGCUUAUGCUGCCCUCGAACCAAUAUCAAAUAGCCUUACGGAAGGCCAAAAACUGUGGAAAUCCGUGGCGGAGAUCGCACGGCAAGAAUGUCAAAGCUCUCAAGAGGAGAAUAUUCGUCUAAAAAAUAAGCUGCACAUGUGUGCACACGGUUUAGAAACGCUGCAGACACAAGUGGUCCAAGCCAAUACUCGUAUGUUGCAGCACGAACAGUCUAAUAGUAAGACAGCGUUUGAGAACGCAGUGCGCGUUGGGAUCAUCAUGAGUCGACGUUUGCACUCGGACGACAGUGGGAUUUUCGAUAUGCUCGAGAGCAAAGUGGGAGCGAGAUUCUUCGAGCUCGACGUCAUCGUCAGUGUGGCUCAUCAGCCCGUACUUGAUGGCGCAUAUGAGCAUGUUCAAGUAUGUCGAGACGACGGCAGAGACGCUGCCGCCGCCGUGGAGUUCAGAUACGUCCGUCUUCUUCCCUUUGGCCAUGAUGCCACGGCGAAGACUCUUUGGGAGAUUAUUGAGUUAGGCGGACUAAUCACUGACCAGCACUUUCAUGUUGCUAAACGCUCGAACGACGUUAUCGGAAUGGCGUCACGGUUCACGAUUCCCCUCGAUAGAGGCAAUAGCAACACAGUAAACGUUGAUGUACACUCUGUAGCCAAGCGAUUUACAGGCCCCUUAGGGAUGGUAGUCUUGGUGGAGUCCCGCUCCGAAUGGACGAUGAGUCAUCCUACUGCGUCCGGGUGGAAGCAAGUGACUGAAGAGGCUGACGUUGUCAUCCCGUCGUUCCGCGAGAUUUUGAGUUCACACCAUCAGUCUAUUGAGAACUUCUUGCUGGAUUCGUCAAUAAAAGGAUGA